AUGACUUUGUCGCCGAAGGACCAAGAUAAACUAAGACGAUUAGAGAAAGACGCCGAAGAGGCAUAUGUAUACAUAGCUUCUGAUGAACAAUCAUCUACCUUCAAGGACAAAGAGCUCAUUUAUGAACUCGAUUCAGCAGCUUUAAACCCACAAUCCACCAUCACCUCAUCUCGAAUCUCAAAAUCAGAAACAAGAGAAACUAAACCGUGGGUACAUUUUGUGGCUGGUGGAGUUGGUGGAACUGUGGGUGCAGUUGUGACGUGCCCCUUAGAUGUCGUCAAGACAAGACUACAAUCAGACGUGUACCACAAUGUUUACAACACAACUGUGAAGUCCGGUAAUCCUAUAAGACAAGCUUUCCAGCAUUUGGCCGAAACUGGCAGUGUAUUAAGAGGGAUGUACGUAAACGAAGGGGUCGCUUCUUUAUUCAGAGGUUUAGGACCAAAUCUAGUCGGUGUGAUACCGGCAAGGUCAAUCAAUUUCUUCACCUAUGGAGCAACCAAAGACUUUUUGAUACGAAAUUUUGGAACUGCAAACAAUGGGAUUGAGAAAACAGAACAAACUUGGAUGCAUUUAGUAUCAGGGAUAAAUGCGGGGUUUGUAACUUCAACAGCAACAAACCCAAUCUGGCUAAUCAAAACAAGAUUGCAAUUGGAUAAAUCCAAACUGAAAAUAUACAAAAAUUCAUGGGACUGUCUAAAACAUGUUGUUAAGAAUGAGGGUUUUUUUAGCUUGUAUCGAGGUUUGAGUGCUUCUUAUCUUGGUGGAAUUGAGAGUACUAUACAAUGGGUGCUUUACGAACAAAUGAGAAUGUUUAUCAACAAGAGAUCAUUACAAAUACAUGGAAACGAUCCAAGCAAAAAAACAACUAAAGACCAUGUAAUGGAAUGGUCAGCUAGAUCAGGGGCAGCCGGGUUUGCUAAAUUCUUGGCCAGCUUAAUAACGUACCCUCAUGAAGUUGUGAGAACUAGAUUGAGACAAGCACCUUUGGAAAGCACAGGGAAGCCAAAGUACACUGGUUUGAUCCAAUGUUUCAAAUUGGUGUUUAAAGAGGAAGGUUUUGCCAGUAUGUAUGGUGGGUUGACGCCUCAUUUGCUUCGAACCGUUCCGAAUUCGAUUAUUAUGUUUGGAACAUGGGAAUUGGUCGUGAGGUUGUUGUCGUGA